AUGACUAGUCAUCUGCCUCUUGUUAGAAUUAGAACAGACCAUGGCUCUGAAUUUGAGAAUUCUCAGUUUCUGAAAUUUUGCGAAGAGAUGGGAAUUAAACAUGAGUUCUCUGCACCUAUUACACCUCAGCAAAAUGGUGUUGUGGAGAGAAAGAAUAGAGUGCUUGUAGAGAUGGCAAGGGUGAUGCUAAAUAGCAAAAAUCUUGCUAAACACUUUUGGGCUGAAGCUGUCAAUACAGCUUGUUACAUCUCAAACAGGGUAUUUGUGAGGUCUGGUACCAAACAAACUCCCUAUGAGAUUUGGAAAGGAAAGAAGCCUAAUGUGUCAUAUUUUAAGGUCUUUGGUAGCACAUGCUAUAUUUUGAGAGAUAGGGAGCAUCUUGCUAAGUUUGAUUCUAAGUGUGAUAAGGGAAUCUUUCUAGGAUAUUCCACUUCUAGCCGAGCCUAUAGAGUGUACAAUUGUAGGUCCAGAACCAUCAUUGAAUCCAUAAAUGUCACUAUUGAUGAUUUUGCUGCCUCUAUAGAGAUGGCAUUAGAUGAGGAUGGUCUUUUCCUCCUCCUCCACUUGUGCAAGAAUCUCCAGGUCUGGAUCUUGUGGUUGACCUGUCAACUUUUGAAAAUUCUGUCCCGGUUGACCUGUCAAACCCCUUCAACUUCUAGUUCCAUCUCCUCUGUCCAGGCUGACAGCUCUCAUACUGAUCAUAGUUCUCUCACUCCAUCUGCGAGUGUCAUUAUUGGCCCUCUUAAUCAAGGAGUGAGAACUAGGAAACAACUUGCUCAAGAAAUUAGCCAUGUGUGUUAUGUUUCCAAGGAAGAGCCUAGAAAUGUGAAAGAAGCCUUGCACCAUGGUGAAUGGUUUCUUGCAAUGCAGGAAGAAUUAAAUCAAUUUGUGAGAAAUGAUGUUUGGUACCUUGUUCCAAGACCAGUCCACACUAAUGUCAUAGGCACUAAGUGGAUUUUCAAGAAUAAAAACCGAUGA